GAUUAUCACAGGUUCGAUGAACUACAUGUAACAAAAUGUGCAGUGGUAUGACCUCAAGUCAGCUAAUUUUAUCUCAAUCAAACAAUUCGUCUUAUAGACUCACGAUGUUGCACUAAAUGAGCGCAACAGCAGCUGACCCGACUCUGAUUAAUUACUCACUUGUCGAAUAUGGUUCGCGAUUGGCAUUUAAACACAAGUUUACUUCAUACGUGGUGUUUCUCUCGUGGCUUACCUACCAGUCCACCUUCCGUUAGGCUGUCACAAAGCUCUCCGGUGGUCAAGUUCUACGAGCUUUUAAUAUUUUAUGGAAAAACAAAGGUUAGGGCGCUGGUUUCCCGAUGGCAACUCUGAUCACCAUCAGUUCCAGAACUCAGUAUUCAGAGCAGGUUUGUGCUCGAAUGUCUGGUUACGAUUCAAAGCAGUUACAACAGCUAUUCGCCAAGCCAUAAACAGUGAUGUUGCUUUCAAUAGCAGCGUUUGAUGGCUGUAUGGGGGCGAUGGAUUGCCUAUAAGAAGCACGCCCUUUGAACUUGUCAGUUCUCUCAUGUCUCCAAGGCCCUUCUAACUAUACAGCGCCCCCCACGAUUAUCACUUCAAAGUACCAUAAAAUAGACCUACCCGGUUAAAAACAUGCGCCUCCUCCUAGCUUUCGUCUCCCUCCUCUCGCUAACGACGGCGGGCCCUGUGUCUCGCAGCCCCCCAGAUAAAGAUGGCGAAUAUCUCUGGGGAUGUGGUAAGACGGCUCCUUUCAGUAUCUCAGACUGUAACGAGCUACUUGACUGGUUUAAGACUGUUUCCAAAACGGGCUGGUUCGGUAUCGGAAAAGUCAAUGGUCUAACCAAGUAUUGGGGUUCUUGCCAGCUUUAUAUACAACCCGGGCCCCUCGGUCACUUUGCCCUCGAGAUCCAACAAGAUGAAUUUGUGGAUGUUGUUCAUCGGGGUAUGGUGUAUAAAUGCCCUGAUAAAUGGGCCCGAGCAACGGUCAAACCAGACAACAAUACUUGGAUAGCAUUUGUAACGGAGAAGGGCUGGGAGCCUCAUGAUGAAUUUUAGAGGAACCGAUAGUGUCAUUUCGGCUGGUACUGGUUUGGCCAUCUAAUAAAGUAACCUAUUCUCUCAAGAGCUUGAGAGUCCAGGGGCUGGUUGAUAGGAAUAUGAGUUUGACCUUGUCC